GCGCCCCAAGAUGGCGGCGAAAGAGACCCGCACCGCGCUGCCUGCUGGGAAAUGCCCGCCAGGACCCGAGCGGGCGCCCGAGCGCUGCCGGAGUGAGCGGCGCCGAGUUGAGGAAGGUACCGCCCGUUCCGUGUCCCGUGUCCCGUGUCCCGUGUCCCGUGUCCUGUGUCCGCGUGCCCCGGGGGCGAUCCCUGCAAGAGGGAUCCCGGGAGGGGCGGCCCCAGCCCCGCUGCGCAGGCUCCCGCCGGGCAGCCCCGCGAGGCCCCUGAGCGUGGUGGUUGCCAUGGAGACGGGCGGCGCAUCCCGCAAGAACACAGAGACUAAACAAAUGGAAAAAAUCACUCAUCUGGAAGCUCUGAUGUUUAGUGCUGUGCUGGAGAACUGUGUGGAUCAACUUGCAAUUCUUGGAUACAUCAUGCCAGUUCCACAUAAGGACAAGACAGACAUCAACCAUCAAACAAAAGAAAUGAUCCAGGAGGAGCUGGGUAUUAACUUCCCAGAGCUUAUGUCAGCAAAGCAGGAGAGUGGGGAAACAGUUACCUCCACAGCCCUGAAAAACACUGAACACGAGCAGCAGCAGGGGAAGACUGAAGAUCAAAAAAGCACGCAGCAUUCUUCCAAAACUCCCAAGAAACCCAUCACUCGGGCUCUAGAGAAGCUCAAAAAAAUUUAUGCUGACAGGCAGUAUGCAAGUGAUGUAAUCACAGUCACUAUUAAAAAGAUGGAAGAAUUGGGAACAUUUAGUAGCCUAACAGAUGCUAAUGAGAGAGAGAGGGAAAAAAAGGGCAAGUUUUAUGACAUCCUCCUCAGGGAGGAAAAAGGAAAGAAGGACAUAAAGGCACUCCAGAAACAGCUGCAAGAUGUCAAGAAACAAACUGGUCAAGACCUUCAGAGCCGAGAUAAGGUUAUUGAUUGCCUCAGAGAUAAGCUUCAAGAGACCACGGCCAAAGUGAACACCGAGAGCAACUACAUGAAGAAAAACACAGAUCUCCAGAUCCAACUAACCCAGAAAAAGUGCAGCAGUGCAGAGAAUGCCCUGGAGAAGGAAAUCCAGAAUUUGAAGAGCAAAAUUGAUGAGGAGAUUCAACUUCACACAGAGACCGAAAAUUUUCUCAUGCAAGAGUAUCAGAAGGUGAAAGAGAAGCUGGAAUACUGGAUGGAGAAGUAUAAAAAAGACACUGCUGCAAAAGAUGAAGAACUGGAUGAUUUAAGAGCAUUAAAAGCAGAGAACUUGGAAACAAUGCAGAGAUUUGCCAAGGAGUGUCUGACAUUCCAGACAACCAUCAUCAUUGACAGGACAGACAAGGAGGCCAAGAGGAAACAAAUAGAGCAGGAAGCCCUGGAGCUGAAGAGUGCCGUGAAGGUGCAGGCCUGGUGGAAAGGUACAAUGGUCCGCAGAUUCCUCGGCCCAUACCAGGAGCUUGAGAAGUAUUUGAAGGGACAGUUAGGAGAGAAGGAAACAGGCAAGGAAAAAUCUGGAGCAAAGAAGAAAAGAGCUAAGUAAAGAAAAUGGCCACAGAUGUGCUCCAGGACUGCUGCUGGGCAGGGCACUGUGGUAUGUCUGACAGGACAAAAUAAACCAUGCAACAGAGCAUGGGCAAUUCUGGAGAACACAGUUCCUGCAGACACAGUUAUGGUGAAGCUGCACUAAAGAUCUUAAAGAUGCCCUUGUACAGCCUUUUUUUCCCAGUAGAAAGGGGAUUUGCAUCAAAGCAGUGAGAAACACUAUAUCCCCUGCAAAGUGCUUUAUGGAAUCAAGACAGUGGGAGGUAAUCCUAUCACCAGCCCAGUAACUCACCAGCAUGGGAUGCUCUGCUUCCAGAACCUCCUCGGCUGCCCCCGGAGCACUGGUUAUGGCUCUGGGUCAGGCAGGGAGGCCGAGGCAGCCCCAGCUGGGCUCCCUCUGUGCUCUCCAUGCCUCCAGCACUGGCAUCAGGUCAGCAGGGGAGAACGUGGGCAAGUCUGCAGUGUAAACGCAAGUGCAGUCAGAGCAUGCAGGUUUCCAUUCCCGCAGUCCUGCACAGUGUCAGUGCACAGACAGAACAGCUCCAUAUCCCUUCUGAGCAAGGGGAGGAAGAAAGGGAACAGGCAGCCAGCCACGCUGCCUACAGGAGCUGGUCUGUCACAGCUGUCCCCACUGCCCCGGCCAGCGCCACCGCGCAGUGGGACAGGGCUGAAGGCAGGGAGCAGAGCUGCUUUUUAACCCAAAGGGAAUCCCUGCUCCUGACACCACUGUCAGUCCACAUGCAGGUCUGUGCACAAAGCCCUGUGGCUGAGCUGCCUGGUUUCUGACUGUCCCAUGUGGGAGAUGAUCUCAAACCUGAGUCUGCUCUGCUCUUUGUCACCAGCCCGUGCUGGCCGCAUCCAAACCUUGUGUCCAACUUGAACUGGGCCAAGAGCUCUGAAGUUCAUGUGAGAUGGCUGAAACCACGAGCAGAGAGCCUGUGGCUCAGAACUCUGAACAGAAGGCGCUGGUGCCUUAUCAGGCAGACUUGGUUGUCAGGGGAGUGCUGAAGUUUCAGAUGCUCCAGACAAACCGCAUCAGAAGUGCCAGUGUUCCUGCUGGAGCACGGACACUUGCUUGAAACCUGAGCAAAUUCCCAUUCCAGCAGUGGUACUGAACAAAUGCCCUCAUUUCCCAUGCUCCCCAUGCAGUGCUAAGAGCAGGAGCAGGGAUCACUCCAGUUUGGUGCUGGCAGGAGCACAGCCAGGAUUGUGCUUACACCCCACUGGAGGAAGUGCCUCAGUGCAAACCUGGACUGAAGUUCCUAAUUGUAACUCUUCCUUUUCGUGUGCUGCUGACUCAGGACAUUUCACCACCGACCUGUGUUUUCUCUAUGUGAUGGGGGUGUUCACAGGUGACCUGCCUGGCUGGAAGGAAUGAAGUUGAUCUCAUAAAACUCUCCAGAGGCUUUGAGCUAAGGAAAAGCAGGAUGACAUGGAGGGCAGCAGAUCUCUGCUGUUGUGGUCAAAACUCCAGCCACACUUUACUAAUGCAACCAAACAACUGAAAUCUGAUGCCGGGCUGCACUUGCUUCUCGGCAGAGAAUGAAGUAGCUCUGGAAACAAAAACCAAGAGGCAACAGUGGAACAGGGUUUUCCCAUGAAGUUGGGGUGCUGAACCUCAGGUUCCCACAUGAGGCAUCUGUGGGGUAGUGACAGGGGCUCAGGUGUGUAACCCGACUGAACCCUGUGACCUGCCACACACGCUGGGCUGGGGACUGUGGCCACAGUGCCACCCAUGUAGCUCCUCCCGGCCUCCUUGGCUGCACCAGCUCAUCUCAGCGUGCUGCUCUCUGCAUGAGCCUCCCCUCGCUGCACAGAGACCGCAGCAGAGUUUGUGUCUGGGCUGUGCAGCUGCCAAACAAACAGGCUGGCACAUCCAGGGCUGGGAGCAGAGUCCCAAACCCAGAGCUUCUGAGGAACUGCCACAGCUGGUACUGCUCCAUUUUUCCAGCUGUGGAGAGAUGAGAUCAAAAUGUGCAUCCAUGGAAUUUUCUGCAGGGAAAUCAUAUGCACUUUGGAGAGAGUUUUCCUGGGAAUUAAAUGCAGAAGAAAGGCUGGAGGUUGGGAAGCAAGUGGUUAGGAGGAAGCUUUAGACUGAGGUGGAGAAAUUACUAAGAAAGCUGGGCAGCCUUGAGGCAGGAAUGGAGCUGUCCCCAGUGGCUGACAGAGCAGCCUGGUGAGCAGGGA